AUGGUCUUUGGUGCCCCUCACUCAAGACGCUGGAUGGCCGUUGCUGCAUCAUCGCUGACGCUUUUGAUGUCCUUGAACGUCACACUCGCCGACGACCUGUGCUCCAUUGCACCGAACUCGUACGCCCAAGCUAAAAUCGAUUACCCAGAAUUUUUAAAGGCACUGGACGCUCUCGAGCAACAUGCCAUUGCUGCGUGGUUCACGGACCGCAUGAGCAAUGACGAGCGAGCUACCAUGCUUUCCAGUAUGCUGAAGCAGUGUUCAGAGGAUACACGCCUCAGCAUUGUCGUGUACGGCAUUCCCAACAAGGACUGUGACGCAGGGCUAUCGUCUGCAGGAAGCGUGAAGAGCGUUAAAGACUAUAAAGCUUUCUUAAAGGAGCUUACAGAAGGUGUCGGCGACCGCAAGGUACUCUACGUGGUAGAGCCGGAUGCGGUUGGUCUUUUAGCCAAGGAGGGUGGCUGCGGUUCGUCAGCAGGGUAUCUUGACAACCUUAAGCUUGCAGUAGAAACGCUGUCUGCGAACGCCAACGCGGAGCUGUAUGUUGAUAUCGGCUACUGGAUGCUCGCUGAUUCGACGAAUGCAGCCAAGACUGCUCCGAUCAUGCAAGAGCUUGGAAAAUGCGGUCGAGUUAAGGGCGUGGUCAUCAACACGUCGAACUACCGUUCCAAUGACGAGUGUACCACUUACUGCACGAAUUUUCAGACGGCAAUGGGAAACAAUGAUAUGACCUGCAUUGCCGAUACGUCUCGAAACUUCAAUGGGUGUCCUACUAACGAUUGGUGCAACGUUCCCACUGCUGGUAUUGGUAAGCCACCAUCAUCAGAGACAGGCUUCUCAAAUUUAGACUACUUUAUGUGGAUCAAACCGCCCGGAGAGAGCGAUGGACAAUGCACAAGUGACGCUCCUCAGGCAGGAUCAUUUUUUCCCGAAAGCUUUACAAAGCUUUGGAACAAAGGUUACUUUGUAAGUGAAGGUGGCAUGAAAACCAUUGCCAAUGUCACGGGCGAUGCGACGGAGACGAGCACCGAAACUGGUACACAGGCUACGGGUAGUUACGUGGACCAAACUACGCCAAUCGUAUCCACUGCGGGCACGGUUGCCUCAGCAAACAUCGAUUCGGCUCACAACUUAACGUCGACGCCAUUGUCGGUGUACUCUGGUGCUAGCCAGGACGCUAUAACCACGCAAGGUACGGCAGCGAUUUCCAACAACAUCGGAUCAAGUCCGACGAGCAGUCAGUUAGGUACGCAGAAUGGAUUGGGCAGUCAAACUACACAAGUCAGCAGCCAAGUUGGCACGAAGUAUGAUACAUCCCUGGCUGUACAGGAUUACAACAGCUCCGAGCGAUGUCUGCCGUAG